AUGUCUGGUCCGGCGAGGGCUGGGGAUAUCCCUAUGGAGGGAUUUGUGGAUCGGCUACUAAGAGGAGGCUCUAACAAGCGCUUCCUAGCGGAGUCUCGGCAAACAGUCCGGAAAAUUAAACUCCUCACAGCUCCACACACUCCCGCCCACCAAGGACUGCCCCGACCAAGAAUGUCAUCCGACGAUGAAUACGUGCAAGGGAAUUUGGACGGUGACGAUAGUGCGCCACAGACGUCUGCUUAUGGCACGCGCUCGACGGGUCUGGUGAAGGGAGCUGCUGCGGCGGCGAAGGGCGGCGAUGCGAGUGCCGGGGGGACUCGAGCGAAGGGGAGGGCCAAGUGGGAGGAUAUCCAGAGAAGUUGGGAUACGGUCGUCGAGGGCGCGGAUGGGAGUCUCAAUUCUACGGUCGAGGGGCUGAGAGAUGCUGGGAAGAGGAAGAGAUUGUUGCGCGAUACGACGCCGGUGCAACGAGGUAUCAUUCGGCACUUCAUCCUUAUCAUGGAUCUCUCGUUUGCUAUGGUGGAGAAGGACCUGCGACCGACGAGGUAUCUCCUUACGCUGCGCUUUGCCUCCGAGUUCGUCACCGAGUUCUUCGAGCAGAACCCCAUUUCCCAGCUGGGAGUACUCGGCAUGCGAGAUGGAAUUGCGAUUCGCGUCAGUGAGAUGGGUGGGAACCCGACUGAGCAUAUUGAGAAUAUCAAGAAGCUGCGGGACUUGCAAGGUCAGGGCAAUCCGAGUCUGCAGAAUGCGCUUGAAAUGGCGAGAGCCAUCCUGCACUACGCUCCUGCCCACGGUACCCGCGAAGUCCUGAUCAUUUCCGGAGCUUUGCUUACUAGCGACCCUGGAGAUAUCCAUGAGACUGUCAGAUCUCUUGUUACGGACCGGAUACGGGUUUCUGUUGUUGGGCUGGCGGCACAAGUCAAGAUCUUGUCGGUAAUAUGCUCCAAGACCAAUGCGGGCAACGAAGGCAACUACCAUGUUGCGCUCAACGAGCAGCAUUUCCGCGAGCUGGUCAUGGCUUUAACGACGCCCCCAGUCACGAGGACUAAGACGCAGUCGCAGCCGACUCUGCUGAUGAUGGGUUUCCCAUCUAGAAUCUCAGGCGUGGGAAAGGCUAUGAGUUAUUGCGCCUGCCACAGCAAGCUAGUCCGAGGCGGAUACCUCUGCUCGAGAUGCGACAGUAAAGUCUGCAGCUUGCCGGCUGACUGUCCUGUUUGUGGGUUGACUCUCGUUCUGUCAACGCACCUGGCUCGCUCGUACCACCACCUCUUCCCUCUGAAAAAUUGGGUUGAGGUACCUUGGUCGCAAGCUGGGAAGUCCAAGGCUUGCUUUGCGUGUUUGACUGCGUUCCCCGAGGUCCCCUCACAUUUGGAGAAGAAUGGUGCGGAGCGUGAGGGGACGAGCGAGAGUGGGAGAUACACCUGUGAGGAUUGCGGAUAUCACUUUUGUAUUGACUGCGAUGUGCAUGCUCAUGAAGUCGUCCAUAACUGUCCUGGAUGCCAAAGCGACUCACAGCAACAGCAGAUUGGCAUCGCCCACGAGGUUAAGAACGACGGCGACCCCAUGGAGGAAUAG